AUGGAAUCUGAUGUUUGCAGGCUCCUGGACGAGAUCCAACGCGACAUUGACGAGGAGCACCUGGUCUUUGCAAGAAGGGACUUUGAGUGCAAGCUAGAGCACCACAAGGCGAUCAGGCCGCUGCUGCUUCGGAGGGACUCGGUUAUCAGCGAGGCUCUUCUGGAAAUGUACUGGGGGCGUGCGCUUGCCGGGUUUGAUGCUGCGCGCGGGAUACUUCCUCGGGACGGGUGCGACCGGACCAGCACACAGUGGAUGAGGUCUCUGGUGGCCGAGUACCUUGACGGAUAUGGAUACCGGGUGCACAUUGAGCUGAACGAGAACGAGUUUGUGUCGAACAGGACGCUGACGAAGAGGGUGGAUCUUUCUCUUGCCUCUGUUGAGAAGACAGGGGUGGUGUGGAGAGGCAACCGGAGAUACCCUGUGUUUGAGUUUUUUGAGAGCGACACACAGGACCUCGAUAUGUUUGACAUUCUCUACGAGCUGUAUGUCAACUCAGCCUCCUACUUCCUGAUGUCUUCCCGAAGUCACCCCAUGCCUUGA